AUGCCGUCCCAAUUACGGACGGAUAAUACACUGGAAUCGCUGUUCAAGAAGCUCUAUCAACGAACCUCCUUCUCACAGCGUGCUGGUGUCGAACACGUCGAAUAUCAGUUAAAGCAUCUAGAUGCAGCAAAGUGGGUUACAAACAUUGAAUCCUCAGACGCAAAGACAAAGGUGAUUGCCGGAUCACGAGCACUGCGUGACAUGGCCUUGAUCAAUUGCUCUAUUAUGCUGGCUAGACUGGACAAAGAACUCCAGUGA